AUGAAAAGGUGUGCUCCGGCCAUAUUGAAAACUUACAAUUAUAAUAGAGGUAUAUGGAAUAGUGGCGUGCCCGAUCGUAUAAGAAAACUACUUCGAGAUAAGUCGACCUCACCUUUAUGUUCACACGAUGAGAGAAAUCUAGUCUCAUUCUUUAUGACGCGUGAAAAUAUGCCUCUGAAGUCAGCUGGUACUGCAUUAACAAAGAGGACGACAUCUGCAAUAACAACAACAUCUGCUACCACGGCUUUUGAACGGCAGUAUCUCAUAAAGUAUCUUUACCGACAUCAAGCUCAUGGAAACGUGAUAAAAAUUGCGCAAAACUUUCUUUAWACCACCAUCGAUUCACGAAGAUUGUUAAGGCAGGAUGUAUCGUUACCUGAACUGAAAAAGUUUCUUCUCUCUUUACUAAUUUUACAAAGAGGUGUCCAAUUGGAUCAAGCAAUGGGUGAUGUUAUAUCUCAGUUUCUACUAACACAAAAGCAAAUGGUUGUAGAUUUGAUUAACUCGAUUUUUUCAAAGAUGGUUACAAUGAACAUGCAUGGUGAAGCAGUAUAUAAGUGGGUCAAGUGGAUGAAAUUAGUUAACGGUCAUUGUCAAUUUACAAAUUAUAUGGAAAACAGAAUAGUAUUGAGGAACUUCCUAUCAUUCAUGAGGCGAUCUGAUGUUCACCCUGAUUAUAUAUCCUACUUGAAAGCUAUUCAGCUCACUCAAGGGCCUGCACUCGCAUCCCAAUUUGCAACCACGCUGAUAUUUUUACUGACCUACAUUAGGAACUUUUCCUUGGCAGAAGAUGUUUGGAACUACAAGUGUGAGCAUAACCUACCGAUAAUAGAUUCUGACCUGACGUGCAUUCUAAAGACAUACUGUCACAUGCAAAAAUUUUCACUGGUUCCACAAACAUAUUAUAAAUAUCCUGAUGCUCAACACGAUCAAAAUCAAUUUGAUUAUUUAUUGAUAGCACAUUCCAAGCUCCAUAAUUGGGACGCAUUACAAUCACAGUUUAAUGCUCUUUUCGGUGUCGGUAAAUUGCCCUCAAUACAACAUUAUGGUAUUUUGAUGUACACAAUGGCCAGAAUUGGUGAGUUGGAUAGUGUCAAUAAGCUAUAUACUCAACUAUUGAGAAGAGGAAUGAUACCGACAUACGUCGUUUUGCAAUCUCUAUUAUACGCACAUUAUAAAGUUGRGGACUUUGCAGCUUGCUUCAAUCAAUAUGAACUAUUCAAGAAAUAUGACAUAGCGCCUUCAACAGCAACCCAUACCUUAAUGCUCAAAGUGUAUCGUGGUCUAAACGAUCUUGACGGUGCGUUUAGAGUAUUGAAAAGACUAAGUGAGGAUCCUAGCGUGGAAAUUACCGAGGGGCAUUUUGCCCUACUGAUACAAAUGUGUUCCAAAUCUACGAACUAUCUGAUUGCUCAAGAAUUAUUCAAUCUUAUGACGGAUCAUUAUAGUAUUCAGCACACUGGCAAAAGUGUUGCUUCAUUGAUGGAUGUAUACAUUGAAAGUAACAGGGCAGCAGACGCAAUAGCCCUGUUUGAAAAAUACUCAAAGGACCUAUCCUGGAGAGAUGGCUUAAUCUCAGUAUACAACAAAGCUAUAAAAGCACAUAUUAGUUCACAGAACUCCAGUAAGUGUGAAGAAAUUUUUCACAAGAUUACAGAUUUAAACCUAGCUGUUGACAGUGAAUUUUAUAAGAUGAUGAUCAGAUUUCUAGUCAAGUUAAACCGGGAUUAUGAUACGGCAUUAAGUAUCAUAGAUCAACUGAUAAAACAUCCUGUGAUUAAAGUAGACGCUACACAUUUUGAGAUUAUAAUGGAAGCUUAUGACAAAAUAGGCUAUCGCGAUGGUAUAAUUAAUUUAUACAAGUUAAUGUCUCAAAAUAAGGUCGCAGCAAAUUCCAAGAUCUUAUAUUUUAUAUUGAAGGCCGUUGCCAAGAAAAGUUUACAAAAUGAUGGAGAAGUUAAAGAGACGAUAAAGAUGGUAGAAGAGAUUAUGGAAAAUGCUUCCAAUGGAACCCUUGAUGUUACGUACAACAAGCUUCACCCUUCCGUCAUGGCAUGGCCAAUGAGGAUGGUUGUGAAGCAUGAUAGUCCACAGCGGGCCUUGGAGUUAUACAAUCGCUACAAUGAGCUUUUCUUCAAAAAGCAUGACUGGAUAUCAAAUAACAACAAAUUCGUAAUGAUGAGAUCUUUGCUGGUACUAUUGGCUCAGAUUGAACAAUGGAAAGAUUUUGAAACAUUGUUCAUUAAGUAUAUGGAUCGUGUAGAAAAUAUUGAGAGUUUACCAUCGUCUACAACACCAAAUAUCAAAAUGAAAAGUCUGUUCAGUGGACUUUUCCCAUAUAAAGUAAGCCAAUUGGUUGCAAUGAAUAAAAUUGAUGAAUUACCACUGCUGUGGAAAAAAUUACACGAGAAAGGUUUCAUUUUGGACAAUAUGUCCUGGAAUAGCACAGUAGACGCACUUUUUAAAGAUUCAAGGACCAUUUCAUAUGGUUUGAAGAUUGUCGAUGAUACUUUAAUUCAUGGACAUGACUUGAUUCACAAAUUUAGACUCUUAACAAAACUAUCCCAAGAUACGACACACUCAAGUCAUAAAUCUUGGUCAACAUUAGAAAUGAAAGAAAAAGAUCCGUAUAAGUUCCAACCCAAGUUAUACUUACAAAGUGACACUUACAACAGUAUAGUGAAACAGCUGGAUACAUAUUUAAAUGGUAUUGAUGACAUAACAGAAUUGGAAACCCGGAUACGUGAUUUUAUAUCGAAUUACAGAUAUUUCAUGAAAGAUUAUUUAUUGAAACCUAGAGACAACAUUAGUAAAUGGGAACAGAUUGAAAUGAGACAUUCCUCGUACUUUAAAGAACUAAGAAAACUUAAAAAAGUACUGCCAGCCAGCAACUUUUAA